AUGGAGGAGGAAGAAUAUGAGGAAGUUGUGGAGUACUACAUUGAGGAGACAGUUAUUGAGGAGGGUGAACCACAUGAGGUGAUCACUGAGAUCACUAGCACAGAAUUCACAGGUCCCCAAACCACCAUAUAUACAGUUGAGCAUGAAAGACCUUCUGUUGAGCAUGCAGCGCCUCCAGUCAGAAAGAAGAUAAUACGGACAAAAGUGGACCCAUCUAAGUUUUUGACACCUUAUCUGCAACACAGUAAUAAAAUGAAGGACCUAUUCAGUGAGAAUAAAUACAAAGAAAAAUUUAAAAAAGAAAAAGGAAAGCCCUAUGCUUCCACAGUUGAUACCCCAGAACUUCGCCGAAUCAAGAAAGUACAAGACCAGCUCAGUGAGGUUAAAUACCGCAUGGCUGGUGAAGUUGCUAGGACUAUUUGCCAUGUUGAUGAAAAGGCCAAGGAUAUAGAACAUGCAAAGAAGGUCUCACAGCAAGUGAGCAAGGUGUUAUAUAAACAGAAUUGGGAGGAGAAUAAAGACAAGUACCUACUUCCCCCUGAUGCUCCAGAACUUGUGAAUGCAAUAAAAAAUACAGCAAUGUUCAGUAAGAAACUCUAUACAGAGGAUUGGGAAGGAGACAAAACAUUAUUCUAUCCAUACAAUGACAGUCCAGAGCUCAGGAGGGUGGCACAGGCCCAAAAGGCUCUGAGUGAUAUUGUCUACAAAAAAGGGCAUGAUGAACGAAAAUCUAAAUUCACUUCUCUGCCAGAUCCACCUGACGUGGAACUAGCCAAGAAAGUGACAAAGCAACUCAGUAAUGUUAACUACCAUGAAGAUUAUGAAAACAAGAUCAAAGGCAAGUGGAGUCAAACUCCGUGCUAUGAUGUUGCAAUUGCAAAAAUGAAUUCAGAAAAUAUAAGUAUGAGAAAAUAUCAGGAAGACUUUGAAAACAUGAAAGACCAAAUCUACUUUAUGCAAACUGAAACUCCAGAAUAUGAAGCUAAUAAGCGACUUGGAGAUAAUGUCAGUAAGAUAAAAUACAGAGCAGACUAUGAAAAGAAAAAAGCUAUUGCAGAUUAUAAUGUACUUCCUGCUACAGAGAACCCUUUAUUGAAGCAAUUAAAAGCUGCAGGAAAUAUACUGAGUGAUAAAUUAUACAAGGAAGCCUAUGAACGAUCAAAAGGAACAAGCAUCAAUUAUUGUGACACUCCAAAGUUUCAGACUGACAGUGUUCUAAAGAAUUUUAGUGAUGUAAAAUACAAAGAUGCAUAUCAGAAGAACAUUUUAGGACACUAUUUAGGGAGCUAUGAGGACCCACAUCAUACACACUGUAUGAAAGUUGAAGCUAUGAAGAGUGAUAAAAAUUACAAAGCAGAUUAUGAGGAAGAGAAGACAAAAUGCUACUUCCCUCAGACCAUAACUCAAGAAUACGAAGCUAUUAAGAAGCUAGACCAGUGUAAAGAUCACACCUACAAAAAACAUCCUGAUCAAAUAAAAUUUACUCAAGUGACAGACUCGCCAGUGCAGAAGCAAGCAGAGAUCAAUAGCAAACAGCUGAGUGAUUUGAAAUACAAAGCUAAACAUGAAAGUGAGAAGUUCAAAUGUUCCAUACCGCCAGAUGCUCCGUUUUUCCUCCAGUCCCGUGUCAAUGCAUAUAACAUUAGUGAUAAUUGUUACAAGUAUGAAUGGGAAAAGUCUAAAGACAAGGAAUUUGAAAUCAAAGUUGAUGCAAUUCCACUUCUUGCAGCUAAAGCUCACAAUAAAAUUGCAAGUGAUGUGGAAUAUAAGAAAGUGUAUGAACAGAGUAAAGGGAAAAUGGUUGGAGCCCUAAGUGUUCAUGAUGAUCCCAAGAUACUACAUUCCAUGAAGGUGGCCAAACAGCAGAGUGAUCGCGAGUACAAAUUGGCUUAUGAAACAUCAAAGACCAAUUAUACGGCACCAUUGGACAUGAUCCCAGUUGUUCAAGCUAAAAAAUCUCAAGCAAUUGCCAGCAACGUGGACUACAAGAACAUCCCUCACAGUUACUUUUAUCCUCCUGACAGCGUUAAUGUGGAGCUUGCAAAGAAAGCCUAUACUCUUCAGAGUGAUAAUGAGUAUAAAUCUGAUUACAAUAGUGACAUGAAAGGCUGUGGCUGGGUACCCUUAGGAUCGCUGGAAGUGGAGAAGGUUAAGAGAGCUUCAGACAUUUUGAAUGAGAAAAAGUAUCGCCAGCAUCCAGACACUAUUAAGUUUACACAGAUUGAAGACGAGCCUGUUAUGGUUCAGGCUAAAAUCAACCAGGCUCAGAGAAGUGAUGUACUGUAUAAAUCCAAAGGUGAAGAAGUUAUUCACAAGUACCACCUUCCUCCAGAUGUGCCCCAGUUUAUCCAGGCUAAAGUUAAUGCUUAUAAUAUUAGUGAUAACUACUACAAAACUGGAUUGGAAGAAUUAAAGUCAAGGGGUUAUGAUCUAAGAAGUGAUGCUAUUCCUAUCAGGGCUGCCAAGGCUGCUAGACAGGCUAUCAGUGAUGUUAACUAUAAAAAAGGCUAUCAACUUGCCAAGGGUAAACUUAUUGGCUUCCAGAGCCUCCAAGAUGAUCCGAAACUGGUUCAUUAUAUGAAAGUAGCUAAGAUACAAUCUGAUCGAGAGUACAAGAAAGAUUAUGAGAAAACAAAAACUAAAUACAACACCCCACUGGAUAUGGUCAAUGUUGCAGCUGCCAAGAAGGCUCAAGAGAUUGCGAGCAAUGCUAAUUACAAGAACCUCCUGCACCACUAUACUUAUUUACCAGAUGCAAUGAACUUGGAGCUGACCAAAAACAUGAUGGAGAUUCAGAGUGAUAAUGCAUACAAACAAGACUAUAACAGCUGGUUCAAGGGUAUUGGAUGGAGUCCCCUGGGUUCUCUGGAUGUUGAAAAAGCUAAAAAGGCUGGAGAAGCACUAAAUGAAAAGAAAUACCGUCAGCACCCAGACACCAUCAAAUUUACAAGUAUACCAGAUUCAAUGCCAAUGGUUUUAGCUCAGCACAAUACCAAGCAACUGAGUGACGUGACAUAUAAGCAAGAGGGUGAAAAAGUAAAACACAAAUACACUCUGGAUCCUGAUGUUCCGCAGUUUAUUCAAGCCAGGGUCAAUGCCUUCAAUUUGAGUGAUGCUAACUACAAAGCAGACUGGAAAAAAACUAUUGCCAAAGGUUAUGAUCUGAAACCAGAUGCCAUUCCUAUUAUUGCUGCUAAAGCUUCUCGAAACAUUGCCAGUGAUUACAAGUACAAGGAAUCAUAUGAGAAAGAGAAGGGCAAACAGGUUGGAUACCGUAGCCUGCAGGAUGAUCCUAAACUUGUUCAUUACAUGAAUGUGGCCAAAAUGCAAUCAGAUCGUGAAUACAAGAAGGAUUAUGAAAUUACUAAAACCAAAUAUCACACUCCCUUGGAUAUGUUCAGUGUGACAGCUGCCAAGAAAGCGCAGGAAGCAGUCACAAAUACUGGCUAUAAACAGCUAAUCCACAAUUAUACGCUCUUGCCUGAUGCUGUGAACCUGGAACUAUCAAGAAAUAUGAUGCAGAUUCAGAGUGACAAUGCCUACAAAGCAGAUUUUAAUAACUGGCUAAGAGGAGUUGGUUGGAUGCCAAUUCAAUCAUUGGAUGUUGAAAAGGCUAAAAAAGCUACAGAGAUUCUUAGUGAAAAGAAGUAUCGUCAGCACCCAGACAAGCUGAAAUAUUCCAUUACAAUGGAUGCAAUGGAACAGGUUCUUGCUAAACAAAAUGCCAAGACCAUGAAUAAGAAGCUCUACACUGAUAAAUGGAACAAAGAGAAGACCAGCAUUCAUGUUAUGCCAGAUACUCCAGAAAUUCUGCAGUCUAGAGUGAACCAGAUCACCAUGAGCGACAAACUAUACAAAGCUGGAUGGGAGGAAGAGAAGAAGAAAGGUUAUGACAUGCAGCCGGAUGCUAUUCCAAUAAAAGCAGCCAAAGCCUCCAGAGACAUUGCAAGUGAUUAUAAAUACAAACUAGCCUAUGAAAAGGCGAAAGGAAAGCAUAUUGGGUUCCGCAGCCUUGAAGAUGACCCCAAGCUAGUGCACUUCAUGCAGGUGGCUAAGAUGCAAUCUGAUCGUGAAUACAAAAAAGAUUAUGAGAAGGCAAAGACUAAUUUCCAUACCCCAGUCGACAUGCUCAGUGUUGUGGCAGCCAAGAAGGCACAGGAAGUGGCUACGAAUGCAAACUACAGAAAUUUGAUCCAUACUUACAAUGUUUUGCCUGAUGCUAUGAGUCUUGAAUUAGCCAAAAACAUGAUGCAGAUACAAAGCGAUAAUCGAUACAAAGCAGAGUAUGAUGAAAGCAUGAAGGGUGUUGGAUGGAUGCCACUGGGCUCCCUGGAAGCUGAGAAGAACAAAAAAGCAAUGGAGAUUGUCAGUGAAAAGAAAUACCGUCAGCAUCCAGACAAGUUGAAGUAUUCCGUUCCUAUGGAUUCUAUGAACAUGGUCUUAGCAAUAAAUAAUGCAAAAAUCAUGGAUGAGCACCAAUAUAAACAAGCAUGGGAAGAAGACAAAAAGAAAGUUCAUAUCACACCAGAUAUUCCUCAGAUUGCUUUAGCAAAAGCCAAUGCAUUUAAUCUAAGUGAUAAAAUGUACAGACUUUCCUUUGAAGAAUCUAGGAAGAAAGGGUAUGAUCUCAGAGCUGAUGCUAUCCCUAUUAAAGCUGCCAAAGCUUCUAGGGACAUUGCUAGUGAUUAUAAGUACAAAUUAGGUUAUGAACAAGACAAGGGAAAACUUGUAGGGUUCCGCAGCCUUCAGGAUGAUCCCAAGCUUGUCCAUUAUAUGCAAGUGGCUAAGAUGCAGUCUGAUCGUGAAUACAAGAAAGCCUAUGAGACAAGCAAGAUGCAUUACCAAACACCUUCUGAUGCACUUAGUAUCAUGGCAGCAAAAGAGGCACAAGAUCGUGUAACCAAUACUAACUACAAGCAACUGAUACACCACUAUAUGCUUCUACCAGAUGCAAUGAGUUUAGAACUGUCCAGAAACAUGAAUCGGUUACAAAGUGAUAAUGAGUACAAGCAGGAUUACAAUGACUGGUACAAGGGUAUUGGUUGGAGUCCUGCUGGUUCUCUGGAUGUGGAGAAAUCUAAGAAAGCUACAGAAAUUGCAAGUGACCAGAAAUACCGCCAGCAUCCCAGCAUGUUCCCCUUUACAAAACAGAAUGAUGCCAUGGACAUGGUGCUUGCAAAGCAGAAUGCAGCAAUAAUGAAUAAACAUGCUUAUACUCAAGCUUGGGAGAAGGAUAAAAUUCAAGUUCAUGUGAUGCCAGAUACACCAGAUAUUCUACAGGCUAAACAGAACAGGACGAACUACAGUCAGAAACUAUACAAGCUUGGCUGGGAAGAAAUGAUAAAGAAAGGCUAUGACCUCACACCUGAAGCCAUUUCAGUGAAAGCUGCCAAAGCUUCAAGAGACAUUGCAAGUGAUUACAAGUACAAAGAAGGCUACCGCAAGCAACAGGGACAUCACAUUGGAUUCCGCAGCUUACAGGAUGAUCCUAAGAUGAUGUGGUCUAUGCAAGUAGCUAAGAUGCAGAGUGAGAGGGAAUACAAGAAAGAUUUUGAAAAGUGGAAGACAAAGUUUAACAUGCCUGUGGAUAUGUUAGGCUUCCUUCUGGCUAAGAAAUGUCAGGAACUUGUUAGUGACAUAGACUACAAACAUAUGCUACACCGCUGGACUUGUCUGCCAGACCAGAAUGAUGUCAUCCAAGCAAAGAGAGUCUAUGAACUACAGAGUGAUAAUCUGUAUAAGUCAGAUCUACAGUGGCUCAAAGGUCUUGGAUGGAGUCCUUUGGGAUCUUUGGAAUCUGAAAAGAACAAGAAAGCUUCUGAAAUCCUGAGUGAGAAGAAUUACCGGCAGCACCCAGAUACUAUUAAGUUCACAAGUAUCCCAGAUGCCAUGGAUAUUGUUUUAGCAAAAUCUAAUGCCAAAAAUAGAAGUGACAUACUGUAUAGAGAAGCUUGGGACAAGGACAAGACUCAGGUUCACAUCAUGCCUGAUACUCCUGAAAUCUUGCUGGCUAAAUCAAACUUAAUCAACACAAGUGAUAAACUUUACAAGUUAGGAUACGAAGAACUGAAGAAAAAAGGCUAUGAUCUUCCUCCUGACGCUAUACCACUCAAGGCAGCAAAGGCAUCCAGAGAAAUAGCUAGUGAAUAUCAAUAUAAAACAGCUUAUCGGAAGCAGCUUGGCCACCAUAUUGGAGCGCGGAACAUAGAGGAUGACCCCAAGAUGAUGUGGUCUAUGCACGUAGCCAAGAUCCAGAGUGACAGGGAGUACAAGAAAGCCUUUGAGAAGACAAAGACUCACUUCAGCAGCCCGGUGGACAUGCUGGGCAUUGUGUUGGCGAAGAAAUGUCAGGAGCUGGUCAGCGACAUUGAUUACAAGCACCCUCUGCAUCGGUGGACCUGUCUGCCAGACCAGAACGAUGUUGUACAAGCCAGGAAAGUGUACGACCUUCAGAGUGAUAAUGUGUACAAGUCCGAUCUCCAGUGGCUGAGGGGCAUUGGCUGGUUGCCAAGUGGUUCGCUGGAUGAUGAGAAGAAUAAGAGAGCGUGCCUCAUCCUGAGUGACAAGAAGUAUCGGCAGCACCCGGACACCAUCAAAUUCACGAGCCCUCCUGACUCUAUGCCAAUGGUUCUGGCAAAGCACAACUCUGAAAUUAUGAACCAACGCUCGUACACGUCAGCUUGGGAGAAAGAUAAAACCAGCGUUCACAUUAUGCCGGACACGCCUGGCAUUUUGCUAGCACAGCAGAACAGCCUGAACUACAGUGAGAAACUGUACAAGCUUGCAAUGGAAGAAGAUAAGAAAAAGGGGUAUGACCUGCGGGCAGAUGCCAUUCCUAUCAAGUCUGCAAAAGCUUCCAGAGAUAUUGCAAGUGACUACAAGUAUAAAGAAGGCUAUCGGAAGCAGCUUGGCCACCAUAUUGGAGCGCGGAACAUAGAGGAUGACCCCCAGAUGAUGUGGUCUAUGCACGUAGCCAAGAUCCAGAGUGACAGGGAGUACAAGAAAGCCUUUGAGAAGACAAAGACUCACUUCAGCAGCCCGGUGGACAUGCUGGGCAUUGUGUUGGCGAAGAAAUGUCAGGAGCUGGUCAGCGACAUUGAUUACAAGCACCCUCUGCAUCGGUGGACCUGUCUGCCAGACCAGAACGAUGUUGUACAAGCCAGGAAAGUGUACGACCUUCAGAGUGAUAAUGUGUACAAGUCCGAUCUCCAGUGGCUGAGGGGCAUUGGCUGGUUGCCAAGUGGUUCGCUGGAUGAUGAGAAGAAUAAGAGAGCGUGCCUCAUCCUGAGUGACAAGAAGUAUCGGCAGCACCCGGACACCAUCAAAUUCACGAGCCCUCCUGACUCUAUGCCAAUGGUUCUGGCAAAGCACAACUCUGAAAUUAUGAACCAACGCUCGUACACGUCAGCUUGGGAGAAAGAUAAAACCAGCGUUCACAUUAUGCCGGACACGCCUGGCAUUUUGCUAGCACAGCAGAACAGCCUGAACUACAGUGAGAAACUGUACAAGCUUGCAAUGGAAGAAGAUAAGAAAAAGGGGUAUGACCUGCGGGCAGAUGCCAUUCCUAUCAAGUCUGCAAAAGCUUCCAGAGAUAUUGCAAGUGACUAUAAGUAUAAAGAAGGCUAUCGGAAGCAGCUUGGCCACCAUAUUGGAGCGCGGAACAUAGAGGAUGACCCCAAGAUGAUGUGGUCUAUGCACGUAGCCAAGAUCCAGAGUGACAGGGAGUACAAGAAAGCCUUUGAGAAGACAAAGACUCACUUCAGCAGCCCGGUGGACAUGCUGGGCAUUGUGUUGGCGAAGAAAUGUCAGGAGCUGGUCAGCGACAUUGAUUACAAGCACCCUCUGCAUCGGUGGACCUGUCUGCCAGACCAGAACGAUGUUAUCCACGCUAAGAAGGCCUAUGACCUACAGAGUGAUAUUUACUACAAGUCAGACCUUGAAUGGUUGCGGGGCACUGGCUGGGUCCCAAUUGGUUCCUUGGAUGUUGAAAAAGCCAAGAAAGCAGGAGAGAUCUUGAGUGAUAAAGUAUACCGUCAGCCUCCAGACACAAUCAAGUUUACUAGUGUCACUGAUUCUCUGGAGAUGGUCUUAGCCAAGCAGAAUGCAGAGACGAUGAACAAGCGUUUAUAUACUGAGGCCUGGGAUAAAGACAAGACACAAAUCCACAUAAUGCCUGACACACCUGAAAUCACACUGGCAAAACAGAACAUGCAAAACUACAGUGCGAAACUUUAUAAACAUGCCAUGGAAGAAUCAAAAAAGAAAGGCCAUGACUUGCGAAGUGAUGCUAUCCCCAUUCAAGCUGCCAAAGCAUCCAGAGAAAUUGCGAGUGAUUACAAAUACAAAGAAGGCUAUCGGAAGCAGCUUGGCCACCAUAUUGGAGCGCGGAACAUAGAGGAUGACCCCAAGAUGAUGUGGUCUAUGCACGUAGCCAAGAUCCAGAGUGACAGGGAGUACAAGAAAGCCUUUGAGAAGACAAAGACUCACUUCAGCAGCCCAGUGGACAUGCUGGGCAUUGUGUUGGCGAAGAAAUGUCAGGAGCUGGUCAGCGAUAUUGAUUACCGCCACUAUCUACAUCAGUGGACCUGUCUGCCAGACCAGAACGAUGUUAUCCACGCUAAGAAGGCCUAUGACCUACAGAGUGAUAAUUACUACAAGUCAGACCUUGAAUGGUUGCGGGGCACUGGCUGGGUCCCAAUUGGUUCCUUGGAUGUUGAAAAAGCCAAGAAAGCAGGAGAGAUCUUGAGUGAUAAAGUAUACCGUCAGCCUCCAGACACAAUCAAGUUUACUAGUGUCACUGAUUCUCUGGAGAUGGUCUUAGCCAAGCAGAAUGCAGAGACGAUGAACAAGCAUUUAUACACUGAAGCAUGGAAUAAAGAUAAGACUAUGGUUCAUGUUAUGCCUGACACACCAGAAAUCCUACUAGCUAAACAAAACCAAAUAAACUACAGUCAGAAAAUAUACAAACUAGCUUUGGAGGAUUCAAAGAAGAAAGGUCAUGACUUGCGUUUUGAUGCCAUUCCUAUCCAAGCUGCCAAGGCAUCCCGAGAGAUUGCCAGUGAUUACAAAUACAAAGAAGGCUAUCGGAAGCAGCUUGGCCACCAUAUUGGAGCGCGGAACAUAGAGGAUGACCCCAAGAUGAUGUGGUCUAUGCACGUAGCCAAGAUCCAGAGUGACAGGGAGUACAAGAAAGCCUUUGAGAAGACAAAGACUCACUUCAGCAGCCCGGUGGACAUGCUGGGCAUUGUGUUGGCGAAGAAAUGUCAGGAGCUGGUCAGCGACAUUGAUUACCGCCACUAUCUGCAUCAGUGGAUCUGUCUGCCAGACCAGAACGAUGUUAUCCACGCUAAGAAGGCCUAUGACCUACAGAGUGAUGCUGUUUACAAAUCAGAUCUGGAAUGGCUAAGGGGAACGGGAUGGGUUCCUAUUGGUUCUGUGGACAUUGAGAAAGUUAAGAAAGCUGGAGAAAUCCUGAGUGAAAAGAAGUAUCGUCAGCCCGUAGACCAGGUUAAAUUUACUAGUGUGACAGAUUCUUUGGCCAUGGUCUUAGCCAAGCAAAACGCUGAGAUAAUGAACAAGCGAUUAUACACGGAAGCCUGGGAUGCUGACAAAACUUCAAUUCAUGUCAUGCCUGAUACACCGACACUUCUAUUAGCAAAGGCCAAUGCAGCUAAUGUUAGCCAUAAACUUUAUACACAAGCCUGGGACGAGGCCAAAAUGAAGGGUUAUGACAUGAGAGCUGAUGCAAUUCCAAUACGAAGUGCAAAGGCAUCAAGAGAUAUUGCAAGUGAUUACAAGUACAAAGAAACACACGAGAAACAGAAGGGGCACUACAUUGGGUGCCGAAAUGCAAAGGAGGAUCCCAAACUGUCGUGGGCUGCACAUGUGAUGCAGCUGCAGAACGACCGACUCUACCGGAAGGCAUACCACGAUUCAAAGGCCCGGAUCCACAUACCGGUCGAUGCGAUGUCCGUCCAGGCAGCCAAGGAGUGCCAGACGCUAGUCAGUGAUGUGGACUACCGUCAGCACCUCCACGAGUGGACCUGUCUGCCUGACCAGAAUGACGUGAUCCAUGCGAGGAAGGCCUAUGACCUGCAGAGUGAUGUUGUCUAUAAGUCAGAUCUGGAAUGGCUUCGUGGAACUGGCUGGUUGCCAAAUGACUCUCCUGAUGUAAAGAGAGUGAAGCAUGCCCAGGAUCUCCUGAGUGACAAUGUGUACCGUACACCUAUAGAAAGCCUGAAAUUCACCAGUGUUGUUGAUUCUCCAGAUGUUAUUCAAGCUAAAGUUAAUGCUGAACAAAUCAGCAUUCCAAAAUAUAAAGAAGCCUGGGAAAAGGACAAGACUAUGAUACAUAUUAUGGCAGACACACCUGAAAUCAACCUAGCCAAGACUAAUGCUCUUAAUUAUAGCCAGAAACUGUACAAAGAAGCUUGGGAUGAGUUGAAGAUGAGUUGUGACUUGAGAGCGGAUGCAAUCCCAAUCAAGGCAGCCAAAGCUUCUAGAGAAAUUGCUAGUGACUAUAAAUACAAACUGGAUCACGAGAAACAGAAAGGACAUUAUGUUGGAGUUCCGAAUGCAAAAGCAGAUACGAGAAUGCGGUUUGCCCUUGGCAUAGGCAAGGUUCAGAGUGAACUGGAAUACAAGAAACACUUUGCCAAAUGGAAGACACAGUGCCACCUGCCAGCUGAUAUGCUAUCCAUCCUGUCAGCCAAGCAUGGUCAGUCUUUAGUCAGUGAUAUUGAUUACCGUCAUUACUUGCAUCAGUGGAUCUGUCUUCCAGAUCAGAAUGAUGUCAUACAGGCUAGGAAAGCCUACGAUCUUCAAAGUGAUGCCAUUUACAAAUCUGAUUUAGAAUGGCUACGUGGAAUUGGAUGGUUGCCAAAUGAUUCAGUUGGCAUCAACCAUGUCAAAUACGCUGGAGACCUCUUGAAUGAGAAAAAGUAUCGUACAAAAGCUGAAACUCUUCCAUUUACUCCAGUGGCAGACAGAGUUGAUUAUAUCACAGCAAAGAAUAGUGGUGAAAUUCUUAGUGAUAUUAAAUAUCACAAAGCAUGGAAUGAGGUCAAGUCCAAUUACACUCUAACAGAUACUCCACAAAUGGAUAUGGCCCGAGAGGCAGCCAGAAUUCUUAAUCAGAAUUUGUACAAGGAGAGUUGGGAGAAAGAAAAAGCCACUGGUUACCUCUUACCUCCUGACACUGUGCAGAUCUGUCAUGCCAGGCGCUCAAAUGAUGUCCAAAGUGAGCUUAAAUACAAAUCUGACUAUGUGAAACAAAGAGGACACUAUGUUGGAGUUCCCACUAUGAGAGAUGACCCCAAACUGGUGUGGUUUGAGCAUGCAGGCGAGAUCCAGAAUGACAGAUUGUACAAAUCAGAUUAUCACAAAACAAAGUCCAGAAUUCACAUUCCUGCAGAUAUGAUGUCAGUUAUGGCAGCCAAGGAAUGUCAGACCUUGGUCAGUGAUAUUGAUUACCGCCAAUAUCUCCAUGAAUGGACCUGUCACCCUGACCAGAAUGACUGUAUUCAGGCAAGGAAGGCCUAUGAUCUACAAAGUGAUAAUAUUUACAAAUCUGAUUUGGAAUGGCUCCGCGGCUGUGGCUGGAUUCCUCUGGAUUCAGUGGAACACAAGAAAGUUAAGAAUGCGCAAGAACUGAUAAAUAAGAGAGCAUAUACGAAAGAAGCCCUUGAUAACUUUUCCAAUUAUACAAGUGUGGUUGACACUCCGGACAUUGUUUUGGCAAAGAUUAACUCUGUCAAUCAGAGUGAUCUAAAAUACAAAGAAACAUUUAACCUUGAGAAAGGCCAGUACAUUGGGUCUGAUGAUACUCCUGCACUGAACCAUGCCAGAGACAUGUCCUUACUAUAUAGUGAUAAACUUUAUAAAAAUGCCUGGGAAAUCAGUAAGCCCAUUGGGUAUACUUUGGAUGAGAAAUACAUUCCACUUGUUGGAGCUAAGCGUGCAAAUUAUAUUAAUAGUGAGCUCAAAUAUAAGGAAAUAUAUGAGAAGCUGAAAGGCCAUUACCUGGCUGGGAAGGAUAUUGGAGAUUUCCCGAGUGUCAUCCACUCACUAGCAUUCCAGAAAAUAAGGAGUGCGUUGGCAUACAGAAAGAAUUACGAAGAUACCAAAGCCAAUGUCCAUAUUCCAAGCGACAUGAUGAAUCAUGUGCUAGCUAAAAAAUGCCAGUAUAUUCUCAGUGAUCUAGAAUACCGAACUUACUUUCAUCAGUGGAAUUGUUCACCUGAAGAAAAUGAUGUUAUUCAUGCCAGAAAGGCCCAGGAGAUUUUGAGUGAUGUGGUAUAUAAAGAUGACUUAAAUUGGCUGAAGGGACUUGGAUGCUAUGUCUGGGAUACUCCACAAAUCCUGCAUGCUAAAAAAUCAUAUGACCUCCAGAGCCAAAUAAAAUACACAGCUGCAGGAAAAGAGAAUUUGCAGAACUUUGGUGUUGUUACUGAUACACCUCUCUAUGUGACUGCAGUACAGAGUCGUGUAAAUGCUAGUGAUGUGAGAUAUAAAGCAGAUUACCACAAAACCAAGGACAAGUAUACAACUGUGACUGAAACAGUGGAUUCUGAAAGAGUUCAAAAUUUGAAACAUCUUUUUAGCAAUAAUCUCUACAAGAAAGCCUGGGAUAAAGUGAAAGCUACUGGCUAUAUAUUGCCCUCUGAUGCAGUCUCCUUAGCACGUGCAAAAGAACUGAAGCAUAAUGCUAGUACAGUAAAAUAUCGGGAAGAAUAUGACAAGUUUAAAGCACUGUACACACUACCCAGAGGUGUUGAAGAUGAUCCCAACACAGCAAGGUGCCUGAGAGUUGGAAAGCUUAAUAUUGAUCGCCUGUACAAGGAAGUCUAUGAAAAGAAUAAAGCCAAAAUCCACAUUAUUCCCGACAUGGUAGACAUAAUUUCUGCUAAGGAUGCACAGAAGAAAGUCAGUGAAGUUGAUUACCGCACACAUCUUCACGAGUGGAUAUGUCUACCAGAUCUUCAAAUCAAUGCCCAUGUUCGAAAAGUCACUGAUCAACUUAGUGAUGUGGUAUAUAAGGAUGAUCUCAACUGGCUGAAAGGCAUUGGCUGCUUUGUCUGGGACACUCCUGAAAUUCUUCAUGCCAAACACGCAUAUGACCUUCGCAGUGAUAUUAAGUACAAAUCUAAGGCAGAGAAAAUGAAGAAUGACUACACUGUGGUCAUGGAUACUCCUGUCUAUGUCCAGAAUGUCCUGAGUGGCAUGAAUUUGAGUGAAGCUAUUUAUCGCAGUGAAUAUAUGCACAAUAUCAAAGGCAAAAUGAUUCCUACUGAUAAAACAGUAGAUUUGGAGCGGGCAAGUCAUGCUCACAAAAUACAGAGUGAAAAUUUGUAUCGCUGGGCUGGUUUGAAUGCUCUACCUACUGGAUACAGGCUUCCUACAGAAACCCCAAGCUUUCAGCAUGCUAAACAUGUCCAGUACCUUGGCAGUGAUCUGAAAUAUAAAGAAGCCUAUGAACACAUGAAAGCUAAAGGCUAUACUCUGGGACCCAAAGAUGUUGGAUUUGAAAAUAUAAAGAAAGUGAAUCAAGUCAUUAAUGAGAGGUUGUAUCGGGCAACAUACCACAAGUACAAGGACAAGAUUCAUACCACUCCCGACACACCAGAAAUCCGUCAAGUCAGAGCUACACAGGAAGCUGUCAGUGAUCUGAUCUACAAGUCGGAUUUCUUUAAGAUGCAGGGACACUUGAUUUCCCUGCCAUACACACCUCAGGUUUUACACUGCCGCUAUGCUGGGGACAUCACAAGUGAUAACAAAUACAAACAGGAUCUGAAGUGGCUGAAGGGCUUGGGUUGCUUCCUAUAUGAUACUCCUGAUAUGGUCCGUGCUCGCCAGCUGCGUAAACUUUGGUCUAAUUAUAUAUACACUGGUGAUGCAAAGAAGAUGAGGGAUAAAUACAGUGUGGUACUGGAUACUCCUGAAUACAGGACAGUUCAAGAAUUAAAAACACAUUUGAGUGAGCUGGUUUACAGAGCUGCAGGCAAGAAGCUGAAGACAAAAUAUACUUCCAUCCUUGAUACACCUGAUUUCUUAAGAGCCAAGCAAGGACAAAAAAUACAGAGUCAGUAUUUGUAUGUGGAGCUUGCCACAAAAGAGAGACCCCAUCACCAUGCUGGUGGUCAGACUCCAGCUUUUACACAUGCUAAGCAUGUAAAGGACAUGGUUAGUGAGAAAAAGUAUAAAAUCCAGUAUGAGAAGAUGAAGGACAAAUACACACCUGUCCCUGACACACCCAUCUUGAUCAGAGCUAAGAGAGCAUACCUGAAUGCUAGUGAUUUGCGCUACAAAGAAACCUUUGAGCACACAAAGGGAAAAUAUCACACAGUGAAAGAUGCUUUGGAUAUUGUCUAUCACCGAAAGGUCACUGAUGAUAUUAGCAGUGUGAAAUAUAAGGAAAAUUACAUGAGUCAAUUGGGAAUCUGGAGAUCUAUCCCAGACCGGCCAGAGCAUUCCCAUCAUCGUGCAGUCACAGAUGCUGUUAGUGAUGUUAAAUACAAGGAAGACUUAUCAUGGCUCAGAGGCAUUGGCUGUUAUGCAUGGGAUACUCCAGAUUUUGCUCUGGCAGAAAAGAAUAAGGUGCUCUACAGUGGGUGUAAGUACAAGGAGAUAUUUGAGAAGACUAAGUCCCAUUUUAAGUAUGUAGCCGACUCUCCAAUUAACAGGCAUUUUAAACAUGCCACUCAGUUGAUGGAUGAGAAAUUAUAUAAAGCUGCCUAUGAGAAGCUCAAAGAUAGGUACAGCGUUAUUGUGGAUGAUCCUAGGAAUCUCCUGGCCAAGUGGGGGACCACACUGAGCAGUCAGGUCGAAUAUAAAAAGGAAUAUGAAAAGAAGAAAGACAAAUAUACUACAAUUGUAGAUACUCCAGAACACUUACGGAUAACAAAAGUGAACAAACAGAUCAGUGAUAUUAUUUACAAGCUGGAAUAUAACAAAGCAAAGCCUAAAGGCUAUACCACAAUCCAUGAUACACCUAUGUUAUUGCAUGUGCGCAAGGUCAAGGACAGAAUAAGUGAUCUGAAAUACAAAGAGCUGUAUGAGAGGAAUAAAUCUCACUGCAAUGUCGUAGCUGAUUCAGUUCAUAUUAAGACUCCAAGGCAUGCUUACAAGCUAAACAGCAAUCUGGAUUAUAAGAAAAAAUAUGAAGCAGCCAAGGCUCAUUGGCACUGGAUUGCCGAUAGGCCUGACUUUGUGCAAGCAGCCAAGUCAUCUCUGCAACAGAGUGAUUAUGAAUACAAGCUGGACCGCGAAUUCCUAAAAGGAUGCAAACUCUCUGUCACAGACGAUAAAAACACAGUAUUGGCUUUAAAUAAUGCCAUCUUGGCAAGUGAUGUAAAAUACAAAGAGAAGCAUAACAAAGCUCGAGGAACAUACCUUAUUGUUCCAGAUACGCCUCAGAUCCUCCUGGCUAAGAAUGUCAGCUCUCUGGUAUCUGAGAACAAAUACAAAGAACACAGCAAGAAGCAGCUUCCACAUGGGUCUUACACAACCCUGCCUGAGACCCGAGACACUGCUCAUGUGAAAGAGGUGACCAAGAAUGUCAGUGAGACAAAUUAUAAACAAAAGUUUGUGAAGGAGAAAGGAAAGUCUAACUAUUCUGUGAUGUUGGAGCCUCCUGAAGUGAAACAUGCCAUGGAAGUGGCAAAGAAACAGAGUACUGUUGAAUACAAGAAAGAUGCCAAGUCAAAGCUCCACUACACACCUAUAGCAGAUCGACCAGAUAUUAAAAAAGCAACGCAAGCUGCCAAGUUAAUUAGCAAUAUUGAAUAUAAGAAGCGUGGAGAAGCUGGCAUCGGUGUAACUAUGCUGGGACGUCCGGAUAUUGAGCUUGCAAAGGAGGUGUCAAAGCUAACUAGCCAGGUUAAAUACAAGGAGAAUUUUUCCAGAGAGAAAGGUAAAAAGCCAAAGUAUGAUUUAAAGGAGGCUAAAAUCUACAAGACCAUGAAAGAUGCUCACAACAUGGCUAGUGAGGUGAAAUAUAAGGCAGAUUUAAAGAAACUUCAUAAGCCUGUCACAGACAUGUCUGAGUCGCUGAUUAUGAACCAUGUCCUGAGUACAAGCCAACUCGCCAGUGCUUACCAGUACAAGAAGCAAUAUGAGAAGAGUAAGGGUCACUACCAUGUGGUGCCAGAUAAUCUUGAACAGGUUCAUCUAAGGGAGGCAUCAGAACUACAGAGCCAAGUGAAGUACAGAGAAAAGUAUGAGAAGGAAAAAGGAAAACCUAUGUUGGACUUUGAAACGCCAACAUACCUUACUGCAAAAGAAUCUCAGCUCAUGCAGAGUGAGAAAGAAUAUAAGAAGGACUUUGAAGAGUCCAUUAAGGGCAGAAACCUUACUGGCUUGGAGAUUACACCAUCCUUAUUACAUGUCAAAUAUGCAACUAAAAUAGCAAGCGAGAAAGAGUACAGGAGGGACCUGGAGGAAGGUGUCAAAGGCAAAGGUCUAACAGCCUUAGAAGAGACUCCAGACAUGUUAAGAGCAAAGAAUGCAACUCAAAUCCUAAAUGAGAAAGAGUACAAAAAAGCACUGGAAUUGGAAAUCAAAGGAAGAGGUCUGACAGAACUGGCUUUGGAGACACCUGAUUUUGUGAGAGCAAAGAAUGCCACUGACAUUGCCAGCCAGAUCAAAUACAAACAGUUGGCAGAAAUGGAGAAAGCCAACUACACCAGUGUUGUUGAUACUCCAGAGAUUAUUCAUGCCCAGCAGGUCAAGAACCUUUCAAGCCAGAAAAAGUAUAAGGAAGAUGCAGAAAGGACCAUGCCAUACUAUGUGCCUGUUGCAGACACACCAGAAAUGCAGAGAGUCCGUGAGAAUCAAAAGAACUUUAGCACACUUCAGUAUCAGUGGGACCUACAGAACAGUAAAGGAAAAGUUACAGUGGUAGAAGACACACCAGAAAUACUGCGCGUGAAAGAAAACCAAAAGAAUUUCAGCUCGAUUUUAUAUAAAGAAGAUAUUGGAACUGGAACUACUAUUGAAAAGACACCAGAGAUGCAGAGAGUUAAGCGAACCCAGGAUGCAAUUAGCUCGAUUAAGUACAAGGAGAGUAUUGGAAGAGGAACUCCAAUUCCUGAUCUCCCAGAAGUGAAGCGUGUCAAGGAGACCCAGAAGCACAUCAGCUCGGUAUUGUACAAAGAGGACCUAGGGACAGGUAUCCCAACACCUGUCACUCCAGAAAUAGAGAGAGUCAAACGCAAUCAAGAACACAUUAGCUCGGUGUUAUACAAAGAGGGCUUAGGGACUGGCACCCCAACACCGGUCACUCCAGAGAUGGAGAGAGUCAAACGCAAUCAAGAGAACAUUAGCUCGGUGUUGUACAAAGAGGGGCUGGGGAUUGGAACCCCAGUACCUGUAACUCCUGAGAUGGAGAGAGUCAAACGCAAUCAAGAAAACUUUAGCUCGGUGUUGUACAAAGAAAACAUCGGGAAAGCAACCCCAACACCUGUCACUCCUGAGAUGGAAAGAGUCAAACGCAAUCAAGAAAUCAUUAGCUCGGUGUUGUACAAAGAAAACUUGGGGCGAGCAACCCCCACCCCUAUCACUCCAGAGAUGGAGAGAGUCAAACGCAAUCAAGAACACAUUAGCUCGGUUUUGUACAAAGAACAUCUGGCAAAAGGGACUCCAACACCCAUCACUCCAGAGAUGGAGAGAGCUAAACGCAAUCAAGAAAACAUUAGCUCGGUUCUUUAUUCAGAUAGUUUCCGAAAACAAGUACAAGGCAAAGCUGCCUAUGUACUGGACACACCUGAAAUGCGGCGUGUACGAGAGACGCAGAAACAUAUCUCUACAGUGAAAUACCAUGAAGAUUUUGAGAAAAGCAAAGGUAGUUUCACGCCUGUAGUUACUGACCCCAUUACAGAACGUGUGAAAAAGAACAUGCAGGACUUCAGUGACAUUAGCUAUAGGGGCAUUCAAAGACGAGUAGUAGAAAUGGAGCGAAAGCGUGUGGACCAGGAUCAAGAGAAUCUCACAGAUCUUCGUGUGUGGCGCACUAAUCCUGGGUCGGUCUUUGACUAUGACCCAGCAGAAGACAACAUUCAGUCCAGAAGCUUACAUAUGAUCUCUGUCCAAGCCCAGCGCCGCAGCAGGGAGCAUUCCCGCUCUGCCAGUGCCUUAAGCCUCAGUGGUGGGGAUGAGAAAUCUGAGCCCUCAAUUGGUGUGGAUCAACAUUUGUCCUACUACAGCAGUGGGGGCUUCUUUGCCACAACUGCAACAGUGGGCUACAAACAUGCUAAAACUAUAGAGCUGCCACAGCAACGAUCAUCUUCAGUUGCCACCCAGCAGACAACUGUAUCCUCGGUUCCUUCUCACCCAUCUACUGCUGGUAAGACAUACCGGGCCAUGUAUGACUAUAUGGCAGCUGAUGCUGAUGAAGUCUCCUUCAAAGAUGGUGACACAAUUGUAAACGUACAAGCAAUUGAUGAAGGCUGGAUGUAUGGGACUGUCCAGAGAACUGGCAAGACGGGCAUGCUGCCGGCCAACUACGUAGAAGCGGUCUAA